AUGGCAGGCCCUGUUAUUCCCAAUUUGCAACAUCCAAAGUCCAACCUUUUGAGACUGGUUCCCCUCGACCCUCCUCGCCCUUCUCACCAUACCACGCCAGUCCGGGACUGGAUAACCUGGAGAUCAUGGAAGACUUGUGCCGUGGACAUGUUGAACAUUCCAAGAGAAAUGAAUACUCAUGAUAUCUACGAUGCUUUCAACAAGUAUGGCAAUCUAAUUUCAAUCGACGUUUGGGAAGACGCCGCAGGACGUCCAGAUUCAAAAGGACGCAUGCGUUUCAAACCGCCUCCAAACGAACAGUUUUGGGAAACCGGCUCUUUCGGUGUGAAGCUCCGAAGUGGCCGUGUUGCAGUGAUAUCGCUCUCGCUCUGUGGCGGUGCCUCGAACGGGACCAUCCCAAGCCCAGUCCGCCCCGAUAUUCGGCUCCCCAGUGAACUGGAAUUGAAAACUGUACAAGUACAAAUCGGUGUUCUGCUAGGUCCGUCCACUGUUCAUGCUCUGCAGAGUUUUACCAACUUGGCAUACCCCAGAUGUGUUGUGGAUGUCAUGCGCAGGUGCCUGCUGCUGUACUUCAAGGUGGGCAUUCGGGGGUCGGAGACAGCAGAUGUCACUCAGCAUGACUACCGUGUCAAAAUCACAUUUCUCCAAUUGACCCAGAUUUACCAACAAUACGACAAGGCCACGAGCGAAAAUUCCUUGCUGAUUAUUCUAGACUCCGCCGCCAUCUGGCACCGAAAGGCCAAAGACAUGCAGUCCACGUUGGCAGAGCCGAUGAGCUGGAGAGAAGAAGAUAGUUGGUAUCGCCAGACCGCCGUGACACAUAACCCGAACUCGCUCAAGACUCUGCCCACAAACUUGAAGAAGACAGGACAUAUCAUGGACUUGGGGCGAUGGAACGUGUUCAAGAUCACAUUCGGGCCGGACGUGGACCCCAAAAUACACCGUGUCAACGAUACCGGUCACUGUUUGACGCUCGUUGGAGACAUUUUCAAGGACUAUAACAUUUUCAUCAGAGAUGGCAGUCAUUUUGUCGAGAAAACAGACCGACCGGUACCGGUAUGGCAUUGGAUUGACUUCUCCGAGUCCAAGUCCAAUAAGGCUUCCGCAUUGCUGCAAGACCUGGGAGAUCAGAACUAUAUACACCUCCCCUUUAAGGUCCGGUAUCAACUCGAGGUUUGUUUGUCCCAAGGAUAUCUAUCUGAAUUCAGCAUGUCCCGCGAAUUUGUAGAGAAAGUGAAGGACCUCGGGGAUGACCAAGCUACCAGACUGCUAGAGUUCGUUGCAACUGAGAAGAAACAGUAUCUUGAUCCUAUGGAAAUCUUUGAUCUUAAAUUCUUCAAACGAGUGACUGACUCGAAGAUUCCGAGUUACUGUUGCUUCAUGCACACAGCACGAGUCACUCCCACUACAAUUUACUACAAUACCCCAACCGUGGACAUCUCAAAUCGAGUCGUGCGCGAAUGGUCUACCAAAAGUGCACCUGGGCGCUUUCUUCGAGUUCGAUUUACAGAUGAGAGAACUGAAGGUCGCAUCAAUGCUUCACUGGGCGAUUCCAACGAUGAAAUCUACACUCGUGUCAAAAGGACACUGGCCAAUGGUAUCUCCAUUGGAGAUCGUCACUACGAGUUCCUCGCAUUCGGCAACUCUCAGUUCCGGGAGCAUGGCGCAUACUUCUUUGCACCGGAUGCUGGUGUCUCAGCGGCAACCAUCCGGGCCUGGAUGGGUCAAUUCAACCAUAUCCGAAAUGUAGCCAAAUAUGCUGCAAGACUGGGACAAUGCUUUUCAACCACCCGAGCUUUUACCGGGUCUUCGGUUCAAGUUGCUACGUGUAAUGACGUUGUUCGCAACGGCUUCACUUUCUCGGACGGCGUCGGAAAAGUUUCCAAGUUCCUCGCCCAGAUGGUCACAUCCCAGCAUAACAUUAAGACUCUCACUGGAGAAUCCCCUUCAGCUUUCCAAUUUCGCCUUGGAGGAGCCAAAGGCAUGCUGGUAGUCUCUCCGGACCCUAUGCCACAGGAAGUACACAUUCGACCAAGCCAGCAAAAGUUCGAAACCACUCAAGCCGGUUUGGAGAUCAUUCGUUGGUCCCAGUAUUCCCUUGCGACUUUAAACCGACAGUUGAUCCUCGUGCUUUCUGCUCUGGGUAUCCCAGAUAAAGUCUUCCACAGUAAACUCAACAGCAUGUUGGGUAGCUUCCAUCGAGUCAUGUGCAAUGACUCGAAAGCAAUCAACCUUCUCCAGAAGUACAUCGAUCCAAACCAAACAACUUUAAUCUUAGCUCAAAUGGUAUCUGAUGGCUUUCGACAAAAUGAGGAGCCUUUUGCCAAUACCAUGCUCGAGCUUUGGAAAUCCUGGCAUUUGAAGCAUCUCAAAGAGAAAGCAAAGAUUGCCAUAGACCAAGGAGCUAACCUUCUCGGUGUCAUGGACGAGACAGGUGUUUUAAAGGGCUACUUUAAAAACACAUUGCCGCGCAGAGGAGCCUCCUAUGCACAGAAGCUGGCCGCUCUACCUGAAAUCUUUGUCCAGAUCUGCCGGCUAGAAGGAAAUGGCGAGUACGAAGUCAUUGAAGGUCUCUGCAUUCUCGCUCGCAACCCUUCGCUUCACCCUGGAGAUAUUCGUGUGGUUCGAGCAGUGAAUCGACCGGAGCUGAAAGGGCUUCGUGACGUGGUUGUUCUUCCCCAAACUGGCGACCAGGACAUUGCGAGCAUGUGCUCUGGUGGUGAUCUUGACGGCGACGACUACCUUAUUAUCUGGGAUCCCGAUCUCAUUCCCACAAGAUGGUUCGUCGAAUGCAUGGACUACAAGGGCUCCAAAGCCCCAGACCUUGAUCAUGAUGUGACGGUUGAUGAGAUCACUUCUUUCUUCGUCACCUAUAUGAAAAACGAUUGCCUUCCCCGAAUUGCACACGCCCAUUUGGCUUGGGCUGACAGGCUUCCGAGGGGGGUGUGGGAAGAAAAAUGCAUUCGUCUUGCUCAGCUUCAUUCUGAUGCAGUGGAUUAUAACAAGAGUGGUGCGCAUGCGAGAAUGGCCCGCUCUUUAGAUCCCAAGUUCUGGCCCCAUUUCAUGGAGAAGCGUUUCAAGAGACCAUCCAGCAUCUACAAGUCCACCAAAAUCCUCGGUCAACUGUACGACGCAGUGGUAACGCCUAACUUCGUUCCCAAGCUGGGGAAGCCCUUCGACUCUCGCAUCCUGGAAUCCCCGCUGGCUUCAGCAAGUGAGACCUACAUAGAAUACGCCCGCGAGCUCAAGGCGGAAUUCGACAUGAACAUGCGACAAAUCAUGGCUCAGUAUGAGAUCAACACUGAGUUUGAGGUGUGGUCAACGUUUGUCCUCCGCCACGGCUUCGUAAUCAGAGACUACAAGAUGCAGGAAGACCUAGGCAGGAUCGUGGGUACACUCCGCCGUGGAUUCCGCCACCAAUGCUAUGACAAAGUCGGCCGGCAUGGUGGAAACAUCUCUGCCUUGGUCAUUGCCAUGUACCGUGUUACCCAGGAGCAGGUAGCUGCGGCACUGGAGGCUCAACGCAAAGAGGCACUGCAGAGAGAGGAUCUCUCCGUUGUUGAAGUGAGCUCCACUGAGCUUCCACUCAUUAGCUUCCCUUGGAUUUUCCCCGAUGUCCUCGGUGAUGUUGCGACGGGCCGGGCGCGAGAAGCUCUGGUUUCAGAGGGACAAGGGGUUGAUGAUUCUGCAAAGUCUAUCGGUGAUGGCUUUGUUUUCACCCAUAAGCAGAUUCUCAAUAUUGUUGAAGACAUGGAUCGUAUUGUGAAGCCGAAUGCUAAGGCAAGCUCUGGACCCGCGCCCCCUAAUCAAGAACUCAUUGUUCGUCGACGCAUUGACCAAACCAAGCCCAAGCCCAAACCCGACGACAGCAAAAUGGGUGUGUGCUUCAAUGAGGAUAGCGAGAAGGAGGAAGGCGUGAGCAUAGACACUGCUCAAGCGGAAGAGAAUGGUGAAAUGGAGGCUGUAACUGAGGAUAUUGUGGAAAUGGAGGGCGAUGUGCAGCCUUCUGCGCUUGACGCUUUGAUCAAUAUGAUCAACAGCUGA